GAAGUCGAGGCCUCUCUUGCUUCCGGCUCGGCCAUUGUUUUUGCUUGAACUGGCAGUAGAGGUCUCCGGCUUCGUUGCCGAGUGCCACCGCGAGUGGGCCGGGACGCGGAGGGAGGCGCGGCCGCAGCUUGGGUUGCCGACGCCGGCCGGGACCGCGCUUCUUCCCCGUGGCAGGUGGCGCGGUCCCGGAGACUCUCAGAAGCCGCCCGAUGUAGAUAGAGCCGCUUCUUUGUCCCAUACCCCUGACCAUCCGUGCGUGGCACGGAGCCGGAUAUCUGCGGGUACAGCGAUGAACAGGGCAGACGUGGCCAGGCAACACUGCCAUCAAGCCUUUCCCCAACCCUGAAAAAUAGCUCCUGAGAUCUGAACUGUAAAUCAUCGUUUUAAUUGGAUCAAUUGCAACUGGAACAAGCUUCUCUUUGGGGUCACAAUGACCACUGAAGGCAGAGGAAAUGUAGGCCUCAUCCUCAGGAGUACUGCUUUCCAGAAGCAGGAAGGGCGCCUGACUAUGAAGCAGGAGCCAGUGAGCCAGACCUGGGGUCAGGGCAGCAGUCUCCAAAAGAGCCAUCCUCCUGUCUGUGAAAUCUUCCGGCUACACUUCAGGCAAUUAUGUUACCACGAGAUGUCUGGGCCACAGGAAGCAUUGAGCCGGCUCCGGGAGCUCUGCCGCUGGUGGCUCAUGCCAGAGGUCCACACCAAGGAGCAGAUCCUGGAGCUGCUGGUGCUGGAGCAGUUCCUGAGCAUCCUCCCUGGGGAGCUCCGGACCUGGGUGCAGCUACAUCACCCUGAGAGUGGUGAUGAGGCUGUGGCUGUGGUGGAGGAUUUCCAGAGACACCUCAGUGGACCAGAGGAGGUUUCUGCCCCAGCACAGGAGCAGGAAAUGCAUUUGGAGGAGACAACAGCUCUGGCUGCAACAAAGGAAUCUCCUCCUGCAUCACCCCUCAGUGGGGGCUCAGACCCUGGAGCCCACCUGCAGCCUCCUUAUGACUCAAGGACACACCACUUCGCCAAUGGGGACUUUGCUCAACCUGCUUCUCCAGUUCCUACCCUUCCUCAAGUGGGAAACUCAGGAGACCAAGCAGAGGCAACUGUACUUCGGAUGGUCAGGCCCCAGGAUUCUGUGGUGUUUGAGGACCUGUCUGUAGACUAUACUCAGAAGAAACAGAAAUGUCCUGCGCUCAGCCAGAGAGCAAUGCACUGGAACAUGAUGCUGGAAAAUGACCACAGCAUGGCCUCCUUGGCAGGUGAGAACAAGCUGGAGAGUUCAGAGUUGACUCCAAAGCAGAAAAUUUUUAAAGGAUCAGAGUCAUCUAAUAGGACAUCUGGGGAACUCUUUGGGGUGGUUCCUGGGGGAACAGAGACUGGAAAUGUUUGUGAAGAUACUUUCAAGGAGUUAGAAGGACAAACCUCAGAUGAAGAAGGGAGCAGACUAGAAAAUGAUUUCUUGGAAAUAACAGAUGAGGAUAAGAAAAAAUUCACAAAGGACAGAUUCAACAAAUAUAAGGAAGUUGGGGAACAUCCACGUCUGUCCUCCAGUCCUGCUGAAAAUGAAGACAUUUUAAAGGGACAGAAAUCCUAUCAAUGUGAUGAAUGUGGCAAAGCUUUCAAUCGGAGCUCUCACCUUAUUGGCCAUCAGAGAAUCCACACUGGAGAGAAACCCUACGAGUGUAACGAGUGUGGAAAGACCUUCAGGCAAACCUCUCAGCUCAUUGUUCAUCUCAGAACCCACACGGGGGAAAAACCUUAUGAAUGCAGCGAGUGUGGAAAGGCCUAUAGGCACAGCUCCCAUCUCGUUCAACACCAAAGACUCCAUAAUGGGGAGAAACCCUAUAAAUGUAAUGAAUGUGCAAAAGCCUUUACUCAGAGUUCCCGACUCAUUGACCACCAGAGAAUCCAUACUGGGGAGAAACCUUAUGAAUGCAAUGAGUGUGGAGAGGCAUUCAUUCGAAGUAAAAGUCUUGUUCGACAUCAGGUCCUGCACACUGGUAAGAAACCUUACAAAUGUAAUGAGUGUGGGAGAGCGUUCUGUUCCAAUAGAAAUCUCAUUGACCAUCAGAGAACCCACACUGGAGAGAAGCCUUAUGAGUGUAAUGAAUGUGGUAAAGCCUUCAGUCGGAGUAAAUGUCUUAUUCGACAUCAGAGCCUCCACACUGGAGAAAAGCCAUACAAAUGUAGUGAAUGUGGGAAAGCCUUCAAUCAGAACUCUCAACUUGUUGAGCAUGAGCGAAUUCAUACUGGAGAAAAGCCUUUUGAAUGUAGUGAGUGUGGUAAGGCAUUCGGUCUGAGUAAAUGUCUUAUUCGGCACCAGAGACUUCACACAGGUGAAAAGCCCUAUAAAUGCAAUGAGUGUGGAAAAUCCUUCAAUCAAAACUCACACCUUAUUAUACACCAGAGAAUUCACACUGGUGAGAAACCUUAUGAAUGUAAUGAGUGUGGGAAGUUAUUCAGUUAUAGCUCCAGCCUUAUGGUACAUCAGAGAACCCAUACUGGGGAAAAACCUUAUAAAUGCAAUGAUUGUGGGAAAGCUUUUAGUGACAGCUCACAGCUUAUUGUGCACCAGAGAGUUCACACCGGAGAGAAACCUUACGAAUGUAGUGAGUGUGGGAAGGCCUUUAGUCAGCGUUCCACUUUUAAUCACCACCAGCGAACUCAUACUGGAGAGAAGCCCUCAGGUCUGGGUUGGUCAGUUUCUUAAGGUAUGGUUCUCUGAGACGGAGAGCAAGGACCUUAGAGUUAAGCUUUCUUUAUAAGAAGGAUGCUUACAUUGGUUUCCUGGAGCCAGUAGUCACAGUGACUCCCUACUUGCUUAUCCUUGGAUCACUAAGGUAGGAGAGUAGGAGUAACUUAUUCCAGUUCUUACCCACUGUUAGGAAGAUAAGGACUACACAUGUCAUUUAAUUGUGGGUUUCCUUUUUUUUCUUUAUUUUAAAAUUUUAACUUUUUAAAUCUAUUUCAUUUCUUAGUUAUGCAUCUCAAAAUCAGACUCCAUGCUUUUCAAAGAGAGAGAUAAUAUCUUCUAUAUUCUAUCCUACCUCCUCCAUUUCACCAUUUAUACAAAGUCAUUCAACAAGGCUGAUUCAUGCCUUCCUGCCUCUUGGCUGUGGCCCUCCCCAUCUACUCUUUAAACAUUAAUCUAUAGCCUUUCAUUGCUUUCAUUCCUUAUCUAGGAAACAUUUUCUUCUGUUCUCUAAUCUUUGUCUCUCACAAUUUUUGAAAUCCAUCUCAUCUCUUAAGUACUUUCUUCUUUAAAUGCUUCUUUGUUUUUCUUCAACUUCUCUUGAUUUGACCUCAAUGCUUUGAAUUUACUGGUGCUACAAUAUGUAACUGUUGUUAAAUUGCCUUGUAAAUUUUGUGUGUCUGUAUACUUUUAUAAUAACUUGUUGUAGGCUCUUUGAGGUCAGGUAUGUAUUUCUUUCCAAUAUAGAUAGUAUUUUGUACACUCAGUUGUUAAAUAAAUAAUUUUUAAAAUCUCAA